UCCGAAAGGAAUUCCGUUAUAAAAUCAGUAGAAGAAGAAAAAAAUAAAAAGAUGGCUACAAUAUCUUCCUUACCUGCCGGAAUUUCGGGACCGUUACGGCCGUUAUCUUGCCAAAGAGGAAAUAUUUUCAGAGAAAUCUACUUAAUGAAUCUUACAAAGUCCACAAAAGUGCCGUUGCAGGCGAAUUCUAAUGCAGCUAUGGCAUCCACUGCAACCUUUGAGAAUUACCAACAACCAAAGCUUGUAUGGGUAUGGACUAAAAACAAGCAAGUCAUGACUGCUGCUGUUGAGAGAGGCUGGAACACUUUCAUUUUCCCGUCUGGUGAUCGUGAAAUUGCAGAUGAAUGGUCUUCAGUUGCGUUGAUACAUCCUCUCUUUAUCAAAGGUGGGGAGCUUUUCGAUGGUGAAAACAAAAGGGUCGCCACAUUUUCCAAGAUUUCGUCUCCCCAACAAUUACAACAGCUUCAACCACUCGAUGAACAAGCUGAGAAUGUUGUUUUGAGUUUUCUGGAUUGGCAGGUGAUACCUGCAGAGAAUAUCGUUGCAGCGUUCCAAGGAAGUCUGAAGACAGUAUUUGCUGUUGCAAAAACUCCCUCUGAAGCACAAAUCUUCCUUGAGGCCUUGGAGCAAGGUCUGGAUGGAGUGGUUUUGAAAGUUGAGGAUAUGGGAGAUGUUCUUGAACUAAAGGAUUACUUUGACAGAAGAAAUGAAUCAAGGAAUCGACUGAGCUUGAUUAAGGCCACUGUGACACAGGUGCAAAUAGCUGGAAUGGGCGAUCGUGUAUGCGUAGAUCUUUGCAGCCUCAUGAGACCUGGUGAAGGCCUUCUGGUCGGCUCAUUUGCCAGAGGACUCUUUCUUGCUCACUCAGAAUGCUUGGAGUCAAACUACAUCGCUAGCCGGCCUUUCCGAGUUAAUGCGGGGCCAGUACAUGCCUACAUCGCUGUUCCAGGAGGGAAGACUUGCUACCUUUCAGAAUUGCAGGCGGGCAAGGAGGUUAUCGUGGUGGACCAAACUGGUCUGCAGCGGACAGUGAUUGUUGGGCGCAUAAAGAUAGAAUCAAGACCACUCAUUCUCAUAGAGGCAAUGGAUAACUCAGAUUACAAAACCACCUACAGCAUUUUUCUACAGAACGCAGAAACUGUUGGAUUAGUCUGUCCUUGUCACGGAAAUGAACCUCCCAGAACUGCCAUUCCGGUAACCUCGCUGAAAGUAGGAGAUGAAGUUAUGUUGAGAGUGCAGGGUGGGGCCCGCCAUACAGGAAUAGAGAUCAAAGAAUUCAUUGUUGAGAAAUGAAUAGCCUGAGACCAUUGUAUCUGCAAUUUCAUCAUCUUCUAUAUGAAUAUGAGCUUCAAAGAAUGAUGGAAGCUUCCUGUGAGUGGGUGAGUGCUUGCAAUUCAAAUAUGUAUCGAGGCUCGCAUCAAACACUGAGUUUUACUGAGCAUGGACACACCUCAACUCAUCAGGUCAGCCCCACCCCAAAUGUACAAAAGCAGUGUAUGGUCUUUGAAAGAAACUUGCAACUGUUGACAUUUAAUGUAUGUGGCCCACAUGAUGAGUGAACUAGCAUAGUUUUUUGGAUGCA